GUGCGAGCUUCUCAACGGCCGGCAGACAUCGGCUGUCUGACAGCUCGACCGGGAAUCUUGCUUCCUUCUUAUCUGGGCAGCGCAUUUUCUCUCGCUGGAAUCGGCAUGAGUCAAGAUGGCGGCGACAUUCGCAACACGAUGCUCCGCUACUGGGAGCAUUUCGACCCGAGCCUCGAGAGCAUGAUGCUGGACGCCCGCGCACAGCUGCUCAACGUUGAAGAAAGCGCCGAGAUCCUGUCGCACCUACCCGACAUCUCGGGAAAGGAUGUGCUCGAGCUCGGCGCCGGAAUCGGUCGCUUCACCAGCAAGUUGGCCGCCCAGGCACGUCACGUGACCGCUGUGGACUUCAUACCUGCAUACGUCGAGUCAAACCGGCGGAGGAACGGGCACCUAGACAACGUCACGUUCCUCCAGUGUGACGUCAUGAAACUUGACCGACCGGCAGAGAGCGUCGACGUAGUGUUUAGCAACUGGCUGUACAUGUACCUGAGCGACGAGGAAUGCAUGCAGCUGCUGCAAAAAGAGGUCUGCUGGCUCAGAGACGGCGGCCUGCUCUUCCUCAGGGAAUCUUGCUUCAAGCCAUCCGGUGAUGUGAAGCGGACAACCAAUCCGACUUUCUAUCGGAGGCUCUCAGACUAUUACAACAUGAUCAAGAGAGUUUCCAACGCAGCCGGUGACACGAUCGAGUGCUUCGUCGUGGAAAACGUGGCCAACGUGAAGGCUUACAUCAAGCACAAGCAGAACCCGUGUCAAGUGUGCUUCCUUGCCAAGAAGAUGCGCAGCAACGCCGUGAAGGACUUCAACAGCUUCCAGGAAUUCCUGGACAAGCGACAGUACUCGAGCAACGGAGUGCGCCUCUACGAGUGGAUCUUCGGGGACACGUUCAUCAGCACGGGUGGACUCUCCACCACCGAGUGGGGCGUGAAGAAAGCCGGCGUCAAGGAUGGCGACCGGAUCUUGGACGUCGGCUGCGGCGUCGGUGGACACGACUUCUACAUGGCCGAGAAGUUCGACGUGCGGAUCAUGGCUGUGGAUCUCUCCGUAAACAUGAUGUCCAUUGCGUUAGAACACUUCGCCAAGAGGCCCCACCUCGCUGACAAGAUCCAGUUCAAGAUGUCCGACGUCAUGCAAGCGGAGUUCCCUGAAGCCAGCUUCGACCUCAUCUACAGUAGAGACGCCCUUCUGCACAUCGCCGACAAAGACACGCUUUUUGCGCUCUUCCACAAAUGGCUGGCACCGGGUGGUAGGAUAUUCUUUACUGACUACUGCCGCGGAGACAAGGACAAGGAAGAAUACUCGGAGGAAUUCAAGCAAUACGUGGCACAGCGGCAGUACAACCUUCUCACCGUUUCCGAAUAUGGACAGCUCCUGAAAAAGGCAGGAUUCGUGAACGUUAAGGCCGAGGAUAUAAGCGAAGACACUGUAAGCAACCUCAGAAGGGAACUGGAAAGGCUAGAGAACAGCAAGGAUGAAUUUCUCAAGGAAUUCACAACCGAUGACUUCGCCUACCUGAAGCAGGGCUGGGAGGCCAAGAUCAAGCGCGGUGCCGACGGAGACCAGGCAUGGUGCGCCUGCUAUGCAGAGAAGAAGAACUAGCAGGGGGAAACUCUAAAAAUUAAAAAGCACCGUGUGAUUUCUCAUUUUUUACAAGUGUGCUUACACAACUUGCUCGAUGGAACCUCAUUGGAGAGGUCACCCCAAAGGGGCCAAGAGAACAAAA